GAACGCACCACCCCAGUCUGUGUUCUCUAGUUACAGUAUGGCGGCGGCGACUUGCGGAGGAGGAGGACAACUUCUAGAUUCCUCUCUAAAAACUGUAGGAAGACGACGGCUUUAACUUCAAACACCCGCCUCGACAAAACACAAACACGGCCGACGACGACAGGCGCAACUUGGAUUUUUUUUCCCUGGAAGAUAAUCUUGUUAUUCUGCUUGUGAUGCGCGAGGAGAGGAGAAGACCUGCAGUCACAGGAACUCCCCUGAUCUGAUUUAACUAACUGCUCCAACUGACGGACUGACUGACUGUCAGUUAGCCGGCUAGCUGCUAGCUCCAUGCUAACAGCUCGCUCUGCAGUUGGGCUCCGUAGUAGCAGCCAAAAGGCGGGCUAGCUUUGCUGCUUGUAUUUGCUCCAGGAGAACAGGGAUGGCAUUUCGCCUCCACCCGGAGAGUCUUGUUGAAUCGAGGUGGGAAAGCGGUGCAGCCUGGGCUGGGCACAGUGGACAAUGUUUAUUAGUUAGUGCCUAGGAACUUAGAGGACUAACAGUUCGGCCUACAUAUAGGCCACGGAUAUUGUAGAUUAUUCAUUGUGGAUUGCAACAGAAGACUGCCACUCUGGAUCAAGAAAACUUGUCCCUCGUGUCUGGUUGGAGUAACACUCUUAAGCCAAAAUCAAUGCCUUCGGCGCUGGCUGUGUUCGCCUGCCGACCCAACUCGCACCCAUUCCAGGAGCGGCAUGUGUACCUGGAUGAGCCAGUCAAGAUCGGCAGGUCGGUGGCUCGGUGUCGGCCGGCCCAGAACAACGCCACCUUUGACUGCAAGGUGCUGUCCAGGAAUCAUGCCCUGGUUUGGUUCGACCACAAGACCGGCAAGUUCUACCUGCAGGACACUAAAAGCAGCAACGGGACGUUCAUCAACAGCCAGAGGUUGAGUCGCGGCUCGGAGGAGAGUCCGCCCUGCGAGGUUCUCUCCGGCGACAUCAUUCAAUUUGGCGUCGACGUCACUGAGAACACACGCAAAGUCACCCAUGGCUGCAUCGUGUCAACAAUCAAACUCUUCCUACCUGAUGGGAUGGAGGCACGCCGACGAAGCGAUGUCAUCCAGGCUCCGUUACCACUACCUGUAGACAAGGUUGCCGCCAACACUCCCAGUAUGUAUUCUCAGGAACUGUUCCAGCUCUCCCAGUAUCUACAGGAGGCCUUACACAGAGAGCAGAUGUUGGAGCAGAAGCUUGCCACUCUGCAGCGUCUGUUAGCCAACACUCAGGAGGCCUCAGAGAGCAGCUGGCAGGCUCUGAUUGAUGAAGACCGUCUGCUCUCCAGACUGGAGGUGAUGGGCAGUCAGCUUCAGGCUCACUCUAAGUCCCAGACGGAGGACGGGAUCCGUAAGGAGCUCUUGGCUCUUCAGGAGGACAAACACAACUACGAGACGACGGCGAAGGAGUCUCUGAGGAGAGUCCUGCAGGAAAAGAUCGAGGUGGUCAGGAAGCUGUCAGAGGUGGAGCGCUCGCUCAGUAACACGGAGGAUGAGUGCACCCACCUGAAGGAGAUGUCGGAGAGGGGCCAGGAGGAGCUGAGGGAGCUCGCCAACAAGUACAACGCCGCCGUCAACGAGAUCAAAGAGCUCACUGACAAGAUUAAGGCGGCGGAGGGCCGGCAGGAGGAGCUGACCCAGCGGGGAGCGACGGAGAAGAGGGAGUUGGAGAUGCGGAUCGAGGAGAUGGAGGAGAAGGAGCAGGUUCUCCAGGCUCGCAUCGAAGCUCUGCAGGCCGACAACGACUUCACUAACGAGAGGCUCGCCGCCCUGCAGGUGCGGUUAGAACAGCUACAAGAGAAAAGCAUUAAAGAAAACAACAGCCUGGAUGUCGACAUUGUCUCCCACGGACCAGUAGAGGAGCCUGUCGAGGACAAACAGAGCCUGCAGACACCUGAGAGCCAGGAGGAAGACGAGGAUGAGGAGGAUACAGACACCGAUGAUGGUGCAUUUGGUGAAGAUGAAGAUGUUAACGGAAACAACUGUCAUGUUAACAACAGCGGAGGAGACUCGACUAGAAUCCAACAGUUGAUUGAGUGUCCGCCGGUCAAACAGCUGAAGGAGACUGUAAGUUCUUCAAUCCACAAACUGGCCAACUUUGAUGAAGUGAUGGACGCUCACCUACAGAACAACCAGACGGCAGAAGACGACAUCCUGGCCAGCCCUGAUCGACUCAAAGGGAAUCAGAUGGAUGCCAAAGAGUCUGACAUGUCAGACACUCUGAGUCCCAGCAAAGACCGCAGCAGUGACGACACGUCAGACGGCAACAUGGACGACCAGGAGCUGAAUGAACCACAGAACAGAGUAGCUCUGCUCAAAGCUGAGUUGCAUCGGGCCGGUCUAGAGCCUGGAGACACGGAGCAGGUCAUCCACCACCUUCACAGAGAGCUUCUGGACGCCCAGGAAUUAGCCAACACUGGCAAGCAGAGAUGUCUGGAGCUACAAGCUCUGCUGGAGGAGGAGAGGAGGAGCAAUUCUCAGCAGACUGAAGAGUCAACCAAACAGAUCCAGUACCUGCAGACUCAGCUUGGGAAGCUGCAGGCCGACAUGGAGGCACUGAAGGAGCAGAGGGAGAGCACCAUCUGCACCACCAGAGAGGAGCUCUACUGCGCCCAGGAGGAGAUUCUCGUCCUGCGGCACGCCAUGGAGGCAGCCACGGCGGAGCGGGAACGCGAGAUCUCCGCCCUGCAGACCGACCUGGGCAGCGUGCGGUCCGAGCUGGAGCACUGGAGGGACACGGCCGCCAAGUACGAGGUGGAGAUCAGCCGGCUGCAGGAGGCCUUCACACAGCAGAAACAGCAGCAGAGCACCGCCAACCAGCUGCAGGCGGAGUGUGUUACGUUGCAGCAGCGGUGUGUGUGUUUGCAGCAGGACUGUGACGGCCUGAGAGGUGAACGGAAAACUCUUACGGACAAACUGCACCGCCUGGAGACUGAGCUGAGCAGCACCAGGGAGCAGAGUCAGGUCCUCAGCUGCAGCCUGGAGUCUCUGGGGAAGAGAGAGGAGGUUCUACAGGACAAACUGGGUUCUUUGGAGAAUCAACACCUGCAGGAUGCAAGCAAUCUGAAGAACCAGCUGGACCAGGCCCAGGCCCACACACACACACUGCAGAGAGAGUAUGAAGACACACAGUCCCAGCUGUUGGACCUCCGUCAGCGCUAUGAGAGAACAGAGAAGGAGAAGCUGAACAUCCACCAGGAGCUGGAGCAGUGCAGGAGCAGCCUGAAGCUGCUGCAGGACAAGACCAGCUCUCCAUCCAUACUGCAGCCUGUCCAAGCCAUAUUCAUUGGCCUUGUCCUGGCUCUGCUGUACUGGUGUUUCGGCCAGUUGUGGUAGAAAGAGCGGCUGGAGCCCCUGGAUGCCGGUCAUCGCAGUGAUGGUCGCCGUGACGGCAGCCGUCCUCUACCCCAACCUCUCCAAGAGCAGCUCCACCUAGGACACACACACACACACAGACACACCGACACACACAGAGCGCUGUGAGGAGAGCAUCACUGCUUUACUUGUAUAAAGUCUAAUUGUACAUAAUUGUAGAGGGAAUAUAAAGGUUGUGGUUUCUACAGAGGAUUCAGAAGCUUCUUGGUUUAUUUUGUUUUUGUGUUGUUUUUUUCUGCGGCGGGGAGUUUCGUUGUCGUUUUUUUAUCCUCGGCUCUCUCUCAGCUGUGGUGGGGGCUUUUUUUUUGGUUUUCUGUCUCUCUGCUGAUUUCUGGGUUAACAAAGCGUUCUCCAGCAGGCCGAGCUUCCACACAAAACACCUGCCAGAGGUGACGUUCACACCCGUCCCACCGUAAGCGAACGGGAUGGAAGCAAACGCAACACUUUCCAGCAGCCUCAGUCCAGUCAGGGAACAUGAUCCACAUUCUUCAGGUCUGCAUCUGCACGCAUUUUCAUAGAUUUCAUUGGCUAUUGGAGUCUGUUAGCAGGCGGUGUUCACCUGCAGCUCCAUCACAACUGGUUUUCAUUGUUUGGAUGGACCGGGCUGCAGUCAGUCUGCUGAGGACAGUUCUUACGAAGGACAGAUUUAGAUUGUUAGUAUCUCACUGACUGGAUGCUCAUCUCCAUAUUCAGCUUUAAUUUGACUCAUUAAAUUCUUCAAACCAGCUCAGUGUGCUCUUUGACACGUCAUCUGUCUGUACGUGUUUUUUGUACUUAAGGAUUUUAGCUGCAGAUAUUUGGUACCAGUGCACCAAAAAUCGUUCAAUUUGUCCGUUUUUAUUCCAACAGAUCUGCAAAAUUUCCUUUUUUUUUUCUUGUCAGGAUAGAAAAGUGAAAAAAAAUGAAUCGGCAAAGCUGAUGAUUGAGUUCGCCUGAGUCAGUAUUUCAGUUUCUGUCUGCUGGAAAGUGUUGAUGUAGAGGUGGUUUUCACGAGGUCCUGCUAAUAUAGUUUUUCUCUGUUUCGUUUCUUAAUUAUUUUUUUAGGGGAAGAUUGGGGGCCGUGUUGAAACUUGAAGCCAAAAUAUUAAAAUAAAAAUCUGAUUUAUUUUCUGUUUUCUUUUUUUUUUCGGGGCACAGAAAAGGGGCUCAAAGUGCCUCUGAUGUAACUAACUAACACCACAGUUUGUGUAUGUGUGCGGACAAACACACCCACACACACACACACACACACUUUCUCUGAUAAACACACACACAAACACAUGCACACACUUGCUUUAUUUGACUGCCGGAGGUCUGUCCGUGUUGAGAUUGUGGAGAGAAGCUGUACGUUGUUGAUCCUUGAUGUCUUACCAGCUGUUUCCUGCUUUCAACUGCUACUCGUGGCCUCGACUACUGCUGAUGAAGCCUGUGAGAUGGUGCUUAAAAGCUCAGGAAAUAGCUAGUAAGUGGACCUUGAUUCGAAAUAUUUUGUCAAAUUAGUAUUGUGGCUUCACCCCCAACGAUUCCCACCAACUGGAAGAUGGUGUUUAGCCACGUUUAACAGCUCUUUGUUAGUUUGUUAGUUCAACACUUUGGUCCAGACUGAAAUCUCUCAACCACUAACGUUACUGGAUGGAUCUAAAUUUGGUGCCGACAUUUUAUAAAACCCAUCUCCUCUUUUCACCCUCCUUGGUAUUAGCCUUUAGCAUUUAGGCUUCAUUUAUCUGUUCAAACUGAAGGCUUUUUGUCUUAUAUUGAUGUUUAUUAACACUUAACAGGAUACCGCAAGGGGGAAAAUAGGUUUUAUAAUCUGAUCUGAAACUGAAAAUUGUCUUUUUCACAGUGUUAAUUAAAGUGAUUUUAUUUUCUUUGUGCAUAAGAGAUGAAGACCGAGCUGAUAAAUCUUUACAGUGAUUUUAGAAGGCGGUAAAGUCACAUGUUUAACCUCGUGCAGCUGCAGCCUUUACGUUAAUCUGACGGCUUUCAAUCUAGUCGUGUUGAACGUGAUACUGAAAUGUUCCGAGGUUCGACCCCGGUUAAGAUUUCAGUUGUGACUUUUACAUAAAAGGGACCAGGAUGUUUAUAGAGACCUGAGACCUGCAUGUUAAGUCUCCAUCAAGUUAAUGUAAAGGGGUGCUUGUUAGCAUGUGGUUUGCUAAACAUUAGUGUGACUCAGGCUGGACUUCGAUGUUAAAGAGCAUGUUAAGGGCACCCUGUGGAGUUAGCGUUAAGUUUUUCUGACAAAAACAAAUUUUAAAUCCUGCGUUUACAUCCACAUUUGCUAGUUUGCAGUCUUUGUCUCUCGGUAGAGAGAAAGAGAGAAAUGCAGUGAUGGGCCUUUAAUGGUAAUUGCAGGCCAAUCGCUGCAUUUCCUGGCACUUUCCUGGUGCUUAAUAAUUAUCAAAACGGAAAAUAUGGACAUCAAACGUAAACCAAAGUUGUGUGAAUUUUUCCUUUUUCUAGCAUCUGUCUCUUUUAACUUAGUUGACAACACGACCUUUCCUCUGGAGCCAUUCUCAGGACUUACUUUACUUCUUUUUUUUUUUUGCCCCACUAGUGGUAAAAAUGUAAGGAUAACAAAGUUGUCUCCAGUUUUCAUCCAUCCGAAAAUGUUAAUUCCUGUUGAGUGAUGAGCUAUAAAGCCUCACAGAGCUGCUAAAAUGAUCAGCUUCUCUCCAAACAAACUUAAAACACUUCAGGCCUCCGCUGAAAUGUUUUUAGCAGACAUUAAGUUAUUUCGAGGUGUGUAUCUGUGUGUGUUGGUGUACAGGGGAGUGUGUGUCGGUUCACACUCUGGACUCUUUGUCAUCGUUCGUGUACUCUUGUCUCGUCUCCGUGUUUAAAAGAUAAAUAAAUAAAAGACAACGAACAAAUAUUCCUGAUGUUUAAAGAGAAAAACACUACAGUACAGAGAGAGAAUUGUAAAAUAAAAUGUUAUUGAAUGAUGUGCUACUAGACUUAUUUUGUUAAAAUUGUUUAGAGAUAUGAGAGGGAGCUAUGUAGAGGAUAUGAUGAUGAUGUAUUGAUUAUGCAGAGCGAUGUUUGGAUUAAAGUUGUAGCAAGCUGACCCACCAAA